UUUCGAACACUAAAUUGACAAAGUAAAGUUACAAAAUCUAACGAACAGGCUAAUAUCCGGUUUUAUGAAGCUCCUAUCAACAAAAAAUUAAUCAAACAUUCAACUCGUCUCUUCGGCGGCACAAAAACGCUUCGGGUAUCAUCGACAAAGAUCGGAAUAAUCAAGAUGGCGGCGACCAUGGUGCUUGACGGUGGAGUCUUGAAUCAAGCAAAUAUGACAAAUUCUAGCGUGCCAGAUUGGGUUGCUGGCGAGCACAUGACAGGAACCUCCAUUAUGGCAGUUGAAUUCAAAGAUGGUGUGGUUAUAGGAGCAGAUUCCAGAACAACAACUGGUGCAUACAUAGCAAAUAGAGUAACAGAUAAAUUGACACCUGUACAUGAAAGAAUCUACUGCUGUAGAUCUGGUUCUGCUGCUGCUACCCAGGCUGUUGCAGAUAUUGUGUCAUAUCAUCUUAAUUUUCACAGUAUUGAAAUGAAUGAACCUCCAUUAGUUAAGACAGCUGCAAAUUUAUUCAAAGAAAUGUGUUACAAUUAUAGAGAUGAAUUAACUGCUGGUAUUAUUUGUGCAGGGUGGGAUGAACGAGAAGGUGGUCAGGUAUAUACCAUUCCAUUGGGUGGCAUGUUACUACGGCAACCCUUCUCAAUUGGUGGUUCAGGAAGUACCUAUAUCUAUGGCUAUGUAGAUUCUUCUUUUAAAAAAGAUAUGACAAAAGAAGAAUGUUUGAAGUUCUGUGCCCACUCCUUGGCAUUGGCCAUGAAUCGUGAUGGUUCCAGUGGUGGCGUUGUACGUCUAGCUGCCAUUACAAAGGAAGGAGUUGAGAGGCAUGUUAUAUUGGGCAAUGAAUUACCAAGGUUCUAUGAAGGCUAAUGUUGGUCAUGGUGUAGUUUAUUUCUAUUUAACCUCAACUGUAGUUGGCUUAUCGUAUUUCCUUGUGUUUAAUAUGAAUAUUAGUUUGUACUUUCACUGCUGAUUAUUGCUUUGCAAAAUAAAUACUUGUUAUCAUUGUG